CCGCAGGGAGGGAGGGGGCAGCCCUGCUGGGGCUGCGUCUGGGCGCCAGCCUGCCGAGGCGAAGCAGCCACGCGAGCGGAAGCAACGCAGGGGAAAACCAGCAAAGCGCCCAGGGUGUUCACUGGGACGCUGGUGACACAGGGGCAGUUGAGGGAUGGCGGUGGAUGUGUGCUCGGAGCGCGUGGCCGGGGGUCCAGGCCGUCUCCCCUGCUCUGAAGACCAGCGUGGGAGCGGGUCCCGCUGGGCUUAUUUGACAGCUUGACCUCGGGUGCUGCGGGAGCUGGUUUUUCGCACGCUGGCAGCACGUCGCUGUAGGCUGUGGCCAGCGAUGGGUGUCAACAGGCUAGAGGCCUGAAGGGAGCUAAGUUUACUCUUCCCCCUGGAUGCUGGGGUGACACGUGCCAGGAAACACCCCUCCGUCACCCAGGCUCACCGUGCUGGGCAGUGCAGGGCCGAGCCUGGGCGCUCCCCGAGGUACUCCUGGCGCUGGGCGUGCACUGCUGUCCCCAACCCUCUGGGGAGAAGGGGAGACACAGGGCCUCGGGGAGAGGGUCGCCAGCACCCCGCUCAUCUCCGAGAGCCCUAAGGGCUUGGGGCACCAGGGCCCUGCACGUGCUGCAGGUCUCUGGCCCCUUCUGGACCUCGUGCUGGGCUGGGGGGCGGGAGCCGGACAGACGCAUGCCCCACGGCGGGGGCCCUGCUGUCCUCGUCAUCACCCCCUCCCGAGCUGCCAGAUUUGCUUUAAAGACCCCAGCUUCCUUUUAUUGCUUCCCCUCUCGGAUUGCAGCCGGCUACGGGAGUUAUUUUUAGCAGCCUGCCUUCUAAAAAUAGCCCGGAGCUGUUUGGAGUUGCGUCACCAGAGGUGACCAUCCUCCGUGCAGCCAGGCUUGGCCCCUGCGCCCCGGCAGGGUACAAAAGGCAGCCAGCGGCGGCGGGGUCAGCGGGUUCAGAGCCAGCGCAGGAGGCAAGAGGCGCUCUGCAUCGGCACCAUGACCAUCUUCUGCAGUCACUGCCACCGGCCACUGCAGGCAGAGACAAGCUGCCCACCCGGGAGGGCCAGGCAGGCACCAAGCGUCUCGAAGCCGUUCAGGUCGACCAAGGGUGCCUCCAAGGCUCGUAGGGACCAGAUCAACGUGGAGCUGCAGGCACUGCGCUCCCUGCUGCCCAUCUCCUCCCAGGAGAAGGAGCGGCUCUCCUACCUCAACACCAUGGCCCUGGUAUGCCUCCGCCUCCGUGGGGCUCAUCUCUUCCCUCCAGGUAGCUGUGGCGCUGCUGCACAUUCCCCACUGCCACAGCAGCUCCUCUCCAUGCGGGGCACUGUUCCUGCCCCUGUUGGAGCAAGUGCUUCCAACCGUGCUUCCCCCGCAGACUCGGCUCCUCCUGCAGGACCAGCCUUCGGCGUGGAGCUGCUCUCCCUGCUACCGGGGUUCUUCCUCGUGUUCUUGGCCAACGGCAAGCUGGCCUACGUCUCUGAGAACGUGGCUCAGGUGCUCGGCCUCUCCACGGUGGAGCUUCUUUCCCAGGGGGACACAAUCUUUGACAUGCUGGAUGGGACAGCACGGGAGGCCGUGCAAGAGAAGCUCCUCCUUGCCCAGGAGCAGCCAGGAACCGAAGUCACCUUUGUCAGCGAGAUGCGCACAUCCAGAGCCUUCCGGCUGCAGCAUGGGGGGAACCGGGCUGUGGCUGUGCGAGGGCGCUUGGUGGCCCUGCACAGGCCAGCCUCCCCCCCUGCUUCAGCGUUUGUGGCUUUCUGCACACCAGUUGCGCAGCUGCCCGCAGACGGGGACACCACUUCCCAGGACGAUGUCUUCCACAGCGUGCAUGCCCUGGACAUGACAUUUACUGAUGUCACGGAGAGUGUCAUCUACCACCUUGGCUAUCGCCGGGAGGAGCUCAUCGGCCGCUCGUGGUACAGCCUCCUGCACCCUGACGACACCCACCUUGCGGCUGCCCAGCACAGGGCCGUGGAUCUGUCUCACAUAUCUUUUGAGGAACUACUGCAGAUGCAGAACGGUAUGGGAACAAGAGCGUAUCGGAUGACUGGUGGGAAGAAGACUGCAAAUCCUACCAAACCCAAGAUAAAGCAGCAACAAAGCAAAAAAGGGCCCCUGGAGAUGUCUGCCAAGAAACCUGUGCCUUUUCUGCGACAAGUGGUCCCUGUUAAAAAGAAGGUCCAGCGAGACCCUCGAUUUGAUGACCUGUCUGGGGAGUAUAACCCUGAAAUAUUUCUGAAGACGUACAGCUUCCUGGAUAGCAUCAAGAAGCGGGAGAAGGAGAUGAUUCAGAAGCAGCUGAAAAAAUGCCAGAACGAGGAGCAGAAGGAGAAACUGCAACAGCUCCUGAAGCGUAUGACACAGCAAGAAGAAGAGCAGAAAAAAAAGCAGAAGUGGAGGGAGAGGGAGCUGUCUUUGAAAAGACAGCAGCGGGAACUGGCCCAGCAGGGCAAGAAACCCUUCUACCUAAAGAAGUCUGAGAAGCGGAAAUUGGAGCUAGCGGAGAAGUAUGCGGAGUUGAGGAGGAGUGGAAAGCUGGAGAGCUUCCUGAACAAGAGGAGAAAGAGGAAUGCCAUCAAAGACAAGCGCCGGCUGCCCUCACAGAAGAGCCUGUGACUGCCUGGUGGACACACUGUUGUCUGGAGAGGGAAGGCUGCCCCUGGGGUUUGCUCUGUCCUGACUGGACCUUGAGGACUGCCGUCCUGCUUCCCCUUUACAGUGGUGCUGUUCACCAGCAGAGCAGAGACUGAGCUGAAGAAAAUGUGCUUUAGGAAACUGCAAAACCCUCCCGGGGCUUACAGCACGUUCAGGUGGUGCGGGAGACUGUCGUGCCGAUUCACGUGGAAUUGACGGCUGGCUCUGUUCGUGGACCUGCUUUUCUCCUACCCCGACUAGGAGAGCACAAGCCUUGAGCGGCGCUGUUGACUCUUCAACCACCAGCUCACAUGGGAAGAGACUGUGGGAGGGCUCUGGUCCAACACCUGCUCAGCCAGCGCGGAGUUUGGAUCACGUUGCUCAAGGCUUAUUCCAGUUGGGUCUGGAAACCUCCAGGGGCAGAGAGGCUGCUGCCCCUCUGCACCCCUGCUCCACUCUUCAUACCCUCAGGGUGCAGCUGUCCCCCUCCCCUCACCUCUGGUAGGAAUUUGCCUGUUUUUAACUUACAAUUGUUGUCUCUUGUUCUCAAUAAAGCGCCCGGCUCCGUCUCGCCAGUAA